UAUUGUCUCGCCCUUGCACCUGACAAACACGAAAUUGCAUGCACAACUACUCCUUGUCGACUGGCGUAACUUCUAGUUCUGGUGGUGAUCCAAACGACAGCUUAGCGGGCAUCAGAGGUUUCUCAACUCGACUUCACGAACACUCAUAUCCAGCCGGCCCCACUUGACUUCACUUGACCUCGAAUUCCGUACCAGUUUCAAACAGCACCGCGACUGCCUCCGCACACCAUCUUCCAUACCAACUUCUCCUCCUCAAUUCUCGACACCAACACCAACAUCCACCACACCGCAAACGCAUCCCGGCUUACCAUCUUCGAGUUUCUACAUCAGACUCGCCCUCCAUGGUCCAAGACCCGAGCUUCUGGCGUCGCUUCUCGGUCGCAGUGCACAACGACGAAGCCGCCAUGCUCGCCAAAGACGCAGAGAACAGUGGAAAAGGCACAAGGGGAAUCAAGCAUGCGUACGUCGUGUCCCUUUCCUCACCCAUAGACUCGCCCAUAGACUCGCCCAUCACAACGCCUACCUCCACAUCGCAUCUAUCGCCCGCGCUCCCUCCCAUGGCUUUCACUCGUCCAUUGUCUGCACCAAGUACUGUCUUUGCUUUCGUCUCGAGGAAGGAGAAGAGCGACCGGACGAGCCAAGCGACGAGCGGGACGAGGAGUGUGUAUUUUGAUGCCGAAGAAGAGAAGCCGGAGAUGAUCGCGCUGCACAAACUACCCUCCUAUCCCCAGUCCUCACACACACCCACCCCUUCGCUCCCCUCAACACCUCGCUCCGCGCACUUCGCCCUCGCAGCGAACACCCCGCCUUCCAAACGCGCAAGCAGAAGAGCAAGCCGUUUCCGCUUCGCACUCUCCUCGCACCCGCCUUCCCUCCCCCCAACACCAAAAUCCACAACUUUUGCCCCCGAUGUAAAUUCUCUGUGUUCGAAGCGCACUAGCCGGCGCUUUACAAGGACCCUGAAUACGUCUAGAUUGAGUCUGGGCGUGUCGUUGAGUGGAAGACCAAAGAACGGUUUCCGGUUCUGGACGACAAUUGAAGCUAAUACGGGGAACAGGGAUAGUUGGCUCGAGUCCCAGCAGCGCAAGGCGAGGCAGCGGACGUGGAUGUGCUGGGCAUUUUGGAUGGGAUUUCUUGUGGUGGUUGUGGGCGCGAUUGUUACGGUCCUCGUGCUCCGGGGAAAGGGGAUCAUUUGAGCGUGAGGUGGAGGGCGAGGAGAUGAAGAGAUGAGGGUUUGCAUAUGCAUGCACGGCGUUUAGGACAUAAUAUCUCUCAGAGGACGCCCUGCGAGGGACCCUGCGGGCAAGGCGCAUCAGCGAUGCGACGUCUUUUCUAUGCUGCUAUUAGCGAUUAGAUGAUACCGGGCCAGCACUACGGUAUGGCUCAA